AUGCUCAGAGUUAAAGCCUUCUGCUUGGCACAGUCUGUUCAGCUGGCUGCUGCCUGGGUGAAAGUCUCCAGCAAGCACUGGUCUCAGUGGGCAAAGACAAACAUUACCUGUGUGCAAAGCUACAGAACUGAGCAAAACAGCACUGGGGGAGCAGCUUACCAGGCCAAGGUUAGUACCAGGAGGAAGCAAAUUGCCUUGUAGAAAUAUUCCUGUUAAUGAUUGAAGUGAUUAUUGUGAUUAUUUAUGCUAAUCACAUAAUAUACAGUAGUACCUCGGGUUACAUACGCUUCAGGUUACAUACGCUUCAGGUUAUACACUCCAUUAAGCCAGAAAUAGUGCUUCAGGAUUAGAACAGAAAUCGGGCUCCAGCAGCGCAGCGGCAGCAGGAGGCCCCAUUAGCUAAAGUGGUGCUUCAGGUUAAGAACAGUUUCAGGUUAAGUACGGACCUCCGGAACGAAUUAAGUACUUAACCCGAGGUAUCAUUGUAUAUAUAAACCCAUGUGCCUAUAUUGCAUGUUAAGGCUUUGAGUGAGGGAAUUACUAUUCUUAUCUCUAGCUUGCUGAAAAACAGAGUUUAUUCCUUAGCAGGAAUCAGCUGAGGGUACUUGUACUAGGCGGCCAUUAGUAGCCCCUGGACCAAAUUAUAGCCACCUAUAUUUAAUUGCAUCCUGGGAAUGGAAUGGGGUUGCUGCCAAUCAAAGUGGCCCUUUGGCAAAACUCAUUGCUGACAAAAUCUGUGGUGAAAUAUGGGGACAGAGAGAUGUAAACUAUUCCAGUGCUGCAAGACAGCUGUUCCACCACCUCUCAUGUGGGCUCGAUUGCCAUUCUAAGAGAAUGAGGGAAGUCUUCAUGGUGAGUUAUGGCACCUCUUUUUCUAGAAAAAUAGCACUGCCCACAGCCUUCCAUUUGAACACAUUGCUUCACACACCACAACUGAUAAUUAUAUGGAAGGGUCCAUAGUGUUACAUUAUGCCUUUUCACUUAAAUGAAUUCCUAAUACUGUCUAAUACUGUAUUAGACAGAAGUCCAGUAAGCAUAUCAUAGAAGGCAGUAACUAAUGGAAUCCCUCUUAUGUGGGUUGGAGCGUACAGAUAAGGCAGAAUUUGGGUGUGAUGUGUAUGUUUUAGUGGGGUGAGAGUUGUAUAUUGUGACCCAAGAUAUGCCUUGCCGAGAGGGAGGCUGAAGAUGGAAGGGUUCCUUGACUCUUUAAGAAGUUUUUAAAAUGUGCUGCUAUGUUUUGAGGUCUUUAGGAUUUUAUUGUUUUAUGUUAGAUUAUAUUACAUUGUUUCGUAGUUUUUCAUAUUCAUUGUUUCUUGUAUAUACAUAUUGUACUUGUUAUUUUCAAGACCACAAGGUUACUGCCUUAAUAUUUAAGCAAUAUUUAAAUACUGUAUAGGAAACAAUAAUUUGCUAGGUUUUUUUCCUGAUAAAUCAUCAAAAGUAGUGUAUGCUGUCCUCUUACGAUGAUCAAAAUUAGUUGAUGUUGGUGUUUCUAUUAAAAGAUAAGCAGCUAAAUCUUGUGAAGUUUUUUGUCCUAUAACUGGCUGCAGCUCAUUUCUUUGUACAGAAGCUGACAGUCAGAAUCAAAACUGAUAAAAGGCUAAUUUGAUCGGCAUGAAGCAUUCUCAGACAUUUUUAGAGAGGAUCCCAUUCCGCUCCAGCAACUAAGCAUUUUUCUGCAUCUUACAUGAUGAAUACAGCUUUAUCAUUACAUUGUAGUGUCUUAUUGCCACAACUGGGCAAGAAAAUACGCAUGUAGAAAGUCAUCAUCUGUUGCAAUUAAAUCCUGUUGUAAAUUAAAUCCUCCUGGGUAUAUUCUUUUUUUUAUGUAUAAAAUCUUUAUAAAUGUCUAAACACCACAAAAUGCCAUAGUAGUGUACAACAAUAUUAAAACAAAGGAAAUAGAAACAAAUAAAGCAGAUCUCUAAAGAGAAAUCUGAUACUGCCUGUGAGUCAGCUUGUCCUCCUGGGAACGCUUUUAGAAAUAGAUGUUUUAAGCACCCAACCAAACGUAAUUAUUGUCAGAGACUAUCUAACUGUUAAUACAGAAUAAUGCAGAAUUCUGAGACUCCAGUUUACAUCCUUGGAUAUUUUCCAGUGGCUUUAUGAAAGCCUAGUUUUCUGUUUUCUGUUUAACAUUUCUCAUCAUCCCCUUUUUUUCAGGGUAUGGGAGAAAAAGAACUGCCUGGUGUUUUGAUCUGUGAAAUAGGAGGCGCAUUUGGUGUACUGGAGAGCCAUGUGGAGUUCCUUAAGAAACACUUCAAUCUCAUCACCCUGAGAGAGUUUCACAGAAACAAGGACGAACUUUGUGAAAAGAUCAAGUCCAUUUUUGUAUUUGAGUGCAGACCUCUCAUUGACCGGGAACUUCUUGAAAGCUUGCCCAGCCUAAAGGUGGUAGCAAACUCAGGGGUAGGAGUGAAUCAUUUGGACUUGAAACUGAUUUCGAGCUUUGGAGUAAAAGUCACCAACACCCCACAUGCUGUUUCUGACUCCACAGCAGACAUAGGCAUGGCCUUAAUGCUGGCAUCUGCAAGAAGACUAGUGGAAGGUAAAGUCAUUUUCUUUUGCAGUUUGUGUAAGUUGCUGUGGACACAUUUCAGAUUUUGUGGGACAUAACUUGCACUAAUAUGUUAAUAUUUUGAGUUUACCACUCCCAGUAUCAAUCAGUCCUUAGAUCAGCUGAUCAAUAGUGAUAUGAUAAUGCCCAUGAUAUAGUGAUAAAUAAUAAUACAGGUAUUUGUUCCCUUUUCCAGCUAUUCAUGUACCAGGUAGAAAUUACCUUUUAAACUGAAAAUUAUGAAGUACUGUACUCCAAAUUUUGGCUUGCUUCUAAUUUGUAACUGAAAUUGAGUCAGAGCCAAUAUCCAUUUAGCUCCACAUUUUAAACCUUGAUGGGUUGAAGCUCUUCAAACUCUUGAGCAGAUGUUUCUCUAAUCCUUCCAUACGAGAUCCCUUAACUAGAUUUAACAGUGAUGGAUUCUGCUACCUUCUUCCUUAAAUUUAUUCCCACCUAUAUUUUUAUGUGCUGCUUAUUAUACAAAUUCUAAGUAGAAAUAUGCCUUACAGGGAUUCCCAUUUAGAGCUGUCUUCUGAUUUUCAAUAACUAUUGUAAAUGGUGCAGGCGCGUUUUCUAAUUUCUGAAAUAAAGCUGUUGUAAGUACUAACACUCUUGUUUCUCAUUCGCUGCUGCGUGGCGUCUGCUUUUGUUUUUUUAGGUUGUCAUAUUGCAACAUCUCCAGAUACCACACAUUUUGCGGUUGACUGGCUGGGAGUAGAAGUUACCCGGGCCACUCUUGGUAUCAUUGGGAUGGGCAGCAUUGGGUAUAAAGUAGCCAAGAGAGCAAAAGCUUUUGACAUGAACAUCCUUUAUCACAACAGGAACCGUAGGUAUAUCUUUGAUGAAGGUGUUGUACAGUGCAGCCCAUGCAAAAUUAACAUGGGAGUAAGUCUCAUGGAUCUCAGUGGGGCUUACUCCUGAGUAGACAUGUACAGGACCUCAGCCUUAGUUAUUUAACUUGCAAUGUAUUGGUAAUCUAGAUUUCUAUGUCUGUUGGAAGCAGUUGCUCGAAACUACCAGUCUCUGCACCAUGUUACAGUGUCAGUCUGUGUGUAGUCAUGGAGGCUAAGGGGCUGAGAGAGACAAAAACAAUUCCUCCAUCACUUGAGACUAUUUUCAUCUCUACCAUUAAAGUGAAAAAGUCAUUAUAUGGUGGGGUUGCCAUAUUUCAAGAGGUAAAAGUCUGGACACAAAAAGUUGUUUGGCUUCCUUAGGGCAAUCACCCAACAGCCCCUCCGCCACUGUUGAGCCUGAGCUGGCCACACCAGAGUCCAGGUUGCCAGAGCCACCCCCACACAAAAGAACCUUCACCAAAAUCCAGGACAUUUGCUUUAAAAUGUAAAAUCACACACACACACCCGGAUGGGCAUGUAGGACCCCAAAAAGAGGACAUGUCUGGGAAUUUCUGGACGUAUGGCAAACCUACGUGUAUGGUGAUUCUUCUUGUUAAUAUUUGAACACUGAAGUGGAAAGCAAGUGAUUUUUAAAGACAUGGUGAUUUUCAGACUUACAAUAUGGUAAAACAACCACACACCCACACCGCCUGUUCAGAAUUAAUAUAUAAAUCAGGGUUUAUUAGAUUUUUGUCUUGAAUCUGUUUUUGCAGCAUGCACAGAGCGACACAUACAAAAUAAGGGUAAUUCUGCUUAUCUCCAGUAUUGGCAAUCAACACCUAAAGCAGGGCAUACAAGGAGGUGCACUAGAAGACUAGAAGAUAUUUUCAAAGGAUAGUAAUCAUUUUUUAAGAAAAUCACUGCUAGCCAGAAACACAUGCAGGCUCCCAUGUUCCUCAAGUUUUAAGAUUCUCAUGAUCAGCCAGCAUCCUUUAGCAAUGCCCUUUGGCUGCCUUGAAAGGCAAGCGUGUAGCACCAUGCAAGGAGCAAAAACUGAUGUUCACAUGGAUGCUGCAUUGAAUAGGGAGGGAUGCAGUGGACUUUAAAUGUUGCCUUUUGACCUAAAAUUUGGCUACCCAUAGGAAAGAAUCCACAAUGAGCUCCCAGCCCCUGUCAAGUAUUUGUUCCUCCCGGGCAGCUCCAGGGACGAGAGUUACUAUUACAGUGGUACCUCAGGUUACAUAAGCUUCAGGUUACAUACGCUUCAGGUUACAGACUCCGCUAACCCAGAAAUAGUGCUUCAGGUUAAGAACUUUGCUUCAGGAUGAGAACAGAAAUGCUCCGGCGGCGUGGCAGCAGCGGGAGGCCCCAUUAGCUGAAGUGGUGCUUCAGGUUAAGAACAGUUUCAGGUUAAGUACGGACCUCCGGAAUGAAUUAAGUACUUAACCUGAGGUACCACUGUAUAAGUGACAAUUGUCAUGUUUAUUUCCUUCCAGGAAAGAGGAAGAAGAACAGGCAGUUGGUGCCACUUAUUGCAGAAACAUAGAAGACUUGCUCCAAGAGUCUGACUUUGUGAUGCUGGUUGUGAAUCUGACACCUGAGACACACAAGCUCAUUGGGAAAAGAGAGCUGCAGCUGAUGAAACCCACGGCUACUCUCAUCAACAUCUGCAGAGGUAGGGGAUGUGUGACUACCUAAAUGUAAACUUCAGCUAUGUACAUUUUUCAAAUACCUAUUUUUGACUAUAUUCCAUCCUUUUCUCUGUAUUCUUUUGUGUGAAAGGUGAUACAUUUCAUCAGCACUAACAAAGGGUGAGGCCAACAACCAGUUUUCAGUGUCAAGAAUCAAUAUGGAUUAUUUUGAAACCAGUAGUAUUGGUGGGGGGGGGGCAAUCAGGAGUAUGGUACACAAGAAAAAGAAGGGGGAAAUUCAGUGGUAAAGAAACAUACAUUGGGUACAUUGGAUUUGGCACAGCUGUGGGUUUCAUUACACCCUAAUCCAGAUGUAGAAGGAAGGAAGAGCAAUAUCACAUGAAGUGGCUUUAUUGGUGAAUUUUAACAGGUUUGCUGCAAAGGAAAUGGAUUAAGGACUGGAUUCAUAAGCCUUUUUACUAUUUUGGGUCAAUCAAAACGUGUUUGGGGAGAUAAUGUGAAGAGUCCCUUAGCUCCUUAAAAUGUGUUCUUUGGCUGCAAUCCUAAGCACACUUACCUAGGCAUUAACUCCACUGGACACAAUGUUGUGCUUUUCAAGUGAACAAUGCAAGAAACCAGCUUUCAGUCUUUAUCAUGAACUACUUUAUGACUUUCUGUCCGUAUCAGGUGCAGUAGUUGAUCAAGAUGCUUUGGUAGAAGCGCUCAAAAAUGGAGUUAUUAAGGCUGCAGCUUUAGAUGUGACUCACCCUGAACCAUUGCCAAGGUAAAAUAUUACCCAAAAAAACCCACCUUUGCUGUUGUUGUUUUAGUCCUGACAUGGAAUAAUUAUUAUUCAUUGGUCCAAAACUUCAACAUUAAGGCAUAGAUGAUCAUGAUUUGCCUCUGUUGCCGCCUCCUUAAUGCUUGAUGUGUUCAGAAACCUGUGUGCAUGGAUAGUCAUAAAUAUGCCUUCUUCUGAAUUCAUUUUGCCAUUUCUUCUGACUGACCAGAGUCUCAGAGUAUUUGGAUUUAAACAAACUGAAGUAACACAAGAAAUCAUGAUGGUAGAGGUAUUAAAUAUAACCCAUUACAAGCUCUGUAGUACAACAGCACAAUAGCAUUUGUGUUCAGGGCUGAGAUAGCAAUCUGUCCCUUGUCCUGAGGUCCCAAAUGCUUUUCCUUUGCCAUCUAACGCUUUGAAACAAAACAACCUUCAGAUUGUAUAGUAGGCGGCAAAAUUUGUUUUGCUGCUUUAAUUCAUUUUAACUCAAACCUGUACUGUGCAUUUGAAAUGCAAAAAUAGAGCAGAAUUGUAAGGGGGAGUUCUUGUUCUAAGCCUAGAACAUAGACUGCAUUGUUCUAAGCUUUCUAUCUAACAGUACUGCCAUACAAACAAGUUUAUAGGUGAUGAGAACUUUGAUUCAGAGCACCAGUCACUCAAAAGCAGAUCUUCAUAGGGCUAGCUCCUAAAAUGAUUUAGUAGAUCAUAUCACACUUAAUGAUUGUGACCUACACAGUGUAUAGAAGACAUCUCAGUGGAAGCUAACUUACCAUUAAGCCCCCCCCCCCCCCCGAAUUUGGAGUCUUUUUCAGUGCAGUCAUAUAGCAAUAUAGUUACUUUGAUCUGCCCGUGCCAGAUGACUUCUGAUUUUUCUGUUAUGGCUUCCUUGCAGGGAUCACCCAUUAUUGCAACUGAAGAAUGUUAUUAUAACUCCUCACAUUGGAACUGCAACUGUGCAAGCCCUGCUUAUGAUGACAGAAGAAGCAGUGGAAAAUAUACAGGCUGUUCUCAAUGACCUCCCCAUUCCUAGUGAAGUGAUCCCCCAAUAG